AUGUCGUCAUUUACCAUUGAUAGUAUACUAGCUCGAGAUUCCCCACCUUCACCGAGGGUCACUUAUCCUUACUGGACAUCGGGGAUUAUCCCCCUCACUGGAUCUUAUCCCUCUGCAGAAUUAUUGGCUUAUCCAGCAGUUCUUCCAUCUUAUCUCGGUACACCACACGUAUCUACAUCAGCGUCUCUCAGCGGCCAGAAGCGGAAACGACGUCACAGAACUAUCUUCACAGAAGAACAAUUAGAACAGCUCGAAGCAGCAUUCAACAAAACUCACUAUCCUGACGUACUUUUACGAGAAGAACUGGCUAUGCGAGUGGACUUGAAAGAAGAAAGGGUUGAGGUAUGGUUCAAGAACCGACGAGCUAAAUGGAGGAAGCAACAGAGAGAACACCAAGAGCGACAACACCAUUUGCUGGAGGGAAACUUUCCAAAAGAGAAAACAGUACAAGGACACAAAGAUGAUUAUUCACAAGAGGAAAACUCGCUCUUUCCACAAGCACUUUCACUUCGCCAGUCAGCUGAAGCGGCUUAUCACAAUACUGAAAUUUCAGAUUCGCAACUCCAGUUUCCUUCUUCAAAAAUCCACAACACUCAUUUGUCACAACGACCAAUUAAAAAGCAGCUGAAUGACACAGAAGAAACACAAUCUACCAAGAUCUUGUUGCCACCCACUCUAGCAUGCAACUAUUACGAAGCCUGGCCUAAAGAUGCUCUGUUAAAAUGUGUUAAUCAAAUCUCAGCACCAGAGGGCAAAGCUCAAAAUCUCAGUUUGAAUGACAAAAAAGAAAUCAAUCCGGUGUCAUCUGAUAUUAAUGAAUGUCGCUUGUAA